CGCUACAGCAGCACCCACCACGAGGAGACUUUCGAGUCCUUUACGGAGCGCUACGUCACCUUCUUCCAGCAGGCUCAGGAUCUCUUUGAGGUCCAGCGCGGGCUCAACAACUGCUUCGCGCACGAUCUCGUCCCCGCGCCCUCCGUCAUUGAGGCCGCGCUCCGCGCGACCCGCCGCGUGAAUGACUACGCGACUGCGGUCCGCAUCUUCGAGGGCAUCCAGGAGAAGGUGGAGAACAAGCAGCAGUACCAGGCGUACCUGGAGGAGCUUAAGCCCGUAAGGGAGGAACUUGGU